AUUCAAGUCAAUGACAACUGGCAUGAUAUCCUGGAGGUUUUAUUUUUGAGUCAUGGCCUGGUUGGUCGGGGCACCGUUUGCUACUUGGCUAGAAAAGAUGACGAAGAGUACAUCAUCAAGGACCACUGGGUCCUUGGGAAUGCAGAUGACGAAGAUAUCUUAAAUGAGGUUGCUAUGUUGAAGAAGAUGCAGGGUGUCCAUGGUGUCCCGGAACUUGUCAAAUUCAGCAAGGUUAAGCUGUCGACUGGUGAAGUCGACAACACAAAGAUUUACCAA